AUGACACUCAAGGCCCGGAUCGAAAAUGGCAUUGUCUAUUCCCCAUACCCAUCGGAACCUGUGCCCGAAAUGACGUUUUACCAGGUGGUGAAACAGUGCCUCGAGCAAUAUGGCUGCCGAACUGCUCUGGUCUGGAACGACGAAGAGGUCACUUUUGCAGAGCUCCUCAAGAUGUGUCACCGAUAUGCCGCUGGGUUCCAGAGACACGGCGUUAGGAAAGGCGACAAGGUCCUGGUACAUGUGGAAUAUUCCUUGGAAAACAUGAUUGCCAUGUACAGCGUCGGUUUUGCCGGGGGAGUUUCUGUGGCAUCCCAACUGAUCUUGUCAGACGAUGAUAUUCUUUACAGGAUUCGAGACAGCAAUGCCGCCCACAUCCUCACCUCAGCCAGUGAAGCUAAACGAUUCGCCAACUUGAGUGACAAGGUGGACGUAAAGGGUUACUUCUGCGUAGGAACCGCCCCUGGUUUUGUUUCGGUGCUCGACUUCAAGGAAAUAAACGAAGACACCUUCCAGGAAUUUCCCGUGGCCGACGUCAAGAAUGAAGUCAUCGUACUGUUGUACACAUCGGGAACAACGGGUAGCCCGAAGGCCGUUGAACACACGCACUACAGCAUCGUGGCCCAUUUACAUCGGCCCGGAUUCGUCGUUCUGCUUUAUGUCUCGCUGCUGGCGGCUGAUGCCUUGGCAGGAGACCGUGGUGCCGCUUCACUGUCCCGGCGAGCUCGGGGACUGCUGCGCCAAAAGAUGAAGACGCUCAGUGCCGGGGCAGCCUCGGACGUCCAAUACAGAGGACGCCGUGAAGCGAGAACAUCAGGAUGUCCCUACGCAUCCCGCCUGGAGGUGUCGCGAAGCGACGAAUCACUCGCGAGAUCAGAGCGUCAAGUGGAGUUGGCAGGACUCUUCGAAGAAACUUCGAGACAGCUUACAGCAGGGCCCCAGAGAUUUGAAACUCAAGAGGAGAGCGUUCGCGCCUUAGAAGAUGUCAAUAUUUCCAACCUCUGCGAAUCUCCAGCGAUCAGUUGUGACGCCACCUAUCCGUACCGGACGGCUGACGGCAGUUGCAACAACCUAGCGAAUCCAGACUGGGGAAGCACCGAUUCCUGCAUGCGAAGGAUCCUUCCAGCGGACUAUGCAGAUGGACUCAGCCAACCCAGGGUCGCCCGUAAUGGUGAUCCACUUCCCAACGCAAGGAAGGUAUCCUUCACGGUUCACCCAGAGGUGAACGUUCCCGACACCAGGUGGACGCACCUAGCCAUGCAGUUCGGACAGUUUUUGGACCACGAUAUCACUUUGGCAACCACACCCGGAAACUUAACUCUUGGCCCACCCGGCCAAGAGUGCUGCGAUCUCUCCAAGAGGACGUCCCCGGAAUGCUACCCCAUCGACGUUCCGGCAGAAGAUCCUUUCUUCUCGGACUUCAACGUCAGCUGCCUGUCGUUCACCCGCUCUUCCCCUUGUUUCCGUUGUAUGCUCGGGCGCAGGGAGCAGAUGAACUCGAGGUCAUCGUACAUUGACGCCUCGCACAUCUACGGAAUCAGCAAGGAACAAACAGACAGCCUCAGAACGUUCGAAAAUGGCCUUCUCAAGAGUCAAGAGGUCAACAACCUCAUGCUACCGCCUCCGAGCUUCAAUCCCGACUCGGACCAGUGUAGUCACCCUGACGAAAACCAGAUUUGCUUCGAAACAGGUGACCCCAGGUCCAAUCAGCAUCCGGCCCUCACAUCGUUGCAGAUUAUUUUGUUCCUGCAACACAACAGGAUAGCCAAGCAGCUUCAAGGCGUUAACCCUCAUUGGGAGGACGAGGAAAUAUUUCAAGUUACAAAGCGCAUCGUGGAGUCGCAGCUACAACACGUGGUCUACAAGGAAUGGCUGCCCGAGAUAAUUGGUGCCAACACCUCGGACGCGUAUGGGUUGACGCCCAGAUCUUCAGGCUACACGUCUUACAACGACAGCGUCGACGCCAGCAUGACGAAUGAGUUUGCCGCUGCAGCCUUCCGCUUGGGACACACUCUCGUCAACGGCACCUUUCUCAUGGCUGACUCGAACGGCAUCGAAGACAGCUUCGAGAUCAAGGACAAAUUUUUCGACCCAUUCGACUUCUACGCAGGCGAUCUGCCCACCGUGAUUGGAGGACUCAUCGAGGAGCCCUUUCAGUCAUUUGACAGGUACGGCACGUACGGGGUAACCCGCUACCUGUUCAAUCCGAAGGGCGGUUUACACGGCCUCGACCUCUUCGCAAUCGACCUACAGCGUGGAAGGGACCACGGAGAUCGGAGCUACGCCGACUAUGUCCUCCACUACACUGGACUCAACCUGACCAGCUUUGAUGAUCUUCAUAACUACAACCUGAUGCCCAAGGAAACUGCGGAUCUCUACGCCGAUCUUUACGACAAUGUCCAAGACAUCGAUUUGUUCUCGGCCGGAAUAUCCGAGUAUACCGUCCCAGGAACUGCCGUUGGCCCCACCUUCAGCUACAUCGUGGCCGACAUGUUCCAGAAGCUCAAAUUUGGCGACAGGUUUUAUUACGAGCACGGUGACCAAGUGGGCUCCUUCAAUGAAGAGCAACUUCAAUCGCUCCGUGAAACAACCUUCGCCAAGAUUAUCUGCGAGAACAUCGGUGGCAGUUACAAGUUAAGGCGCAACGUGUUCAACGCCGAAAGUACAGACAACCCAACGGUGGACUGUGCCGACAUACCCGACAUUGAUCUGCAACUCUGGAAGGACGAAGUCGGACCUGGAAGCUCCAACUAAUGCGCAAACGAAAAUGUCAUGGUCGUUAUUAAAGUUUAUGCCCAACGUAA